AUGCAGGUUGUUGGUCAGCAAGUCGUCAUGCAGUCUCUUGUGAUUUUUGCUUUGUUCGUCUCCUCCGCUAACGCAUUCCUUUUCGGCAACCUCUUCGGAGGCGGCGGUUGCAAUCCUUGCGCUGCUGCCGCGGCUCCAUACGCUCCAGCAUACGUUCCACCUCCACCUCCUCCAGUUUACCCUCAACCAUCUUAUGGAGGGUACGCUACCGCUGGACAAAGCUAUGGAGCUCAACCAUACGGUGGACAGUCUUACGGAGCUCCAAGCUAUGGAGGACAGUCGUAUGGAGGCUUCCAACAAGGCGGAUAUGCUCAACCUCAAGGCUACGGAGGCCAGCAAUCGUUCGGAGGCCAGCAAUCGUUCGGAGGACAGCAAUCGUUCGGAGGACAGCAAGGAGGAUAUGCUCAGCCUCAAGGUUAUGGUGGACAACAGUCUUUCGGAGGUCAAUCUGGAGGUGUCCGAGGCUACGGAUCGUACCCUCAACAGAACUUCGGAGGUCACGUCUCGCAGUAUGCCAAUAGCGCUACGUACUCUGGACAAUCGGCUGCUCCAUCCACCUAUUCUCAGCAACCUGCUGCUCCUUCUACAUAUUCUAAGGUAAAACUUUCAUGAAAUUCAAAGUCGAAAAUGAAAGUUUCAGACCACGACUUUUGAAGAGCCCCAAGCGCAGCCAGUUGCUCAAGCUCCAGCUUCGGUCAGUUUUCAGAAAAUCAGUUUUCAAUUAGUUUCUUCAUUUCCAGUCCGGCGACUCUUACUUGGUUCCAUCAGAGCCAGCUCCAGCUCCAGCCGCCUCUACCUACACGCAGUCUUCCACCUCGGUUCAGUCGAGCAACAACGUUGAAUCCGGCUACAAAAAGCACAAGAAGUUCCAAUAG